AUGAAUUCCCUCAACUCAUCAUUAGCUAUAUACUUGAUAGUAAUUACAUUAGCCCUCACUCUUGUUCAUGUCUCCCAAGCUCAAAAUUCUCACCAAGAUUACCUUGAUGCACACAAUGCAGCAAGAGCAGAGGUUGUAGUGAAGCCUUUGAAAUGGAACAAUACAUUGGAAGCUUUCUCGAGGAACACUUCGAUUCGUAGGUUUAGCACCUGCAAUGCGGCCCAAGUCCCAUUCGAAAUCGGUGAGAAUGUUGGCGAAGCCACCUUCCCUCUCACAGGCGUUGAAGCAGUGAAAUUGUGGGCGAAUGAGAAAAGUUACUAUGACUAUGAUAAGAAUGAGUGUGUUGGUAGAAAUUGCUGGCACUACAUUCAAGUUGUUUCGAAUUUAACAAUGAGAUGCUCUUAUAUUAUAAAAACGUUUAUUGCAAAAAAGGAGAUGUACUUUCGCGUUGUUAGCACUUUAAGAAUCAAGUGA